CUAUUUUGGUGCUAAAAUAAAAAGUUUCAAGAUAAAUAGUUCUACUUUCUGUUAACUGACGCAUUAAUUAAAUUUUUUAAUUGAAUAAAUGUAAAUAUAGGAAAUAAAAUGUGAAAGAAGUUGGGUUGAUAAACAAAAUUUAAAUUUUAUAAUUUCAUUUCUUUUGCUAAGAUAUUGCAAUAAUGCCUAUACAUGGUACGCUAUUCAAUAUUGUAUCCAGAAAUGUUUCCACAUCGACGAUAUGUAAUCAAAUAAUAAAAUUAACAAGAUUAAGAGUUGUGGACAAUAGUGAAAUUGGGAAGCAGGCUAUGAUGGAAGGAAAACCACCACGUUGUAUUCAUAUUUAUAAUAAAACAGGAGUUGGUUUAAUAGGGGACAGAGUAUUAGUUGCCAUAAAAGGUGAGAAAAAGAAAGGUAUAUUGGUUGGUUUGAAACAACGUCAAAAUCCCAAAGUACCAAGAUUUGACAGCAAUAACAUAGUUCUCAUAGAUGAAAAUGGAACACCUUUAGGUACUAGGAUUCAUGUACCAAUUCCUCAUAUCCUGAGAACUAUCAUGAGAAAUAAGACACACAGCAAAGGUGCAGAUUAUACAAAAUUGCUAGCUAUUGCCACAAAAUUUGUAUAAUACAUACAAGCGCACAAUUCUUCAUAUAGGUACUACCUUAAAUAGUUAGGAACUGCAUCUGCAUAUAUAUGUAUAUAUGUUAAUAUUAUUAUGUAUAUAUACUGCAAAUUAUAUAUGCAUAACAAAAUAAAGUGUUACAUUCAUAAUGUCA